CAGAAGGUGCCGUCGGAGAUACGGUGUCUGAUGCAGCCGAAAUUUAGACAUGGGCGAAUCUCGCUCGGGCCCCUGGCCUUUUUGCGCCUUCUCGUCCCUCCGUAUGCGUAUUGGCUCAAGCCGUUUGGAUUGACGGUAUGUUUGCUCAAGUUGGCUUUUGGGCGUGUUUUGAUGGAGACGUGAUGUCCAAUGUACUGAAGGCCUCUUUGACUUUGUCUACCUUGCCUUGGCUGUUGGUGGUUCUUCUGUGGCAUACCGCCCACCAUCUUCUGCGGCAGCCCGUAGAGCAUCUUCUGCGAUCUUAUGCGGCAGUCCCCUUUACACUUGUCGCACCGUCGACGGGCAGAUGCACCAGUGAUGCCAGCCUGGUGCACUUCUUCUCGCACCUGUCCUCCCCUGAUCCCGAGAGGCAGCGGCUCUUCGCGGAGGCCGGAAGGAUAGAUAUUUUAAAUGGGUACGCGUCCAGCUCGAUUUGGAUCGACAGGGUUCACACCUACACCGAGCUGCCGCCCGAAUUGUUGGGCGACGCGCGCUGGGAGAAGCAUCUGAAUGCUUCGAGGGGCCACGGCUUCUGGUUCUGGAAGGUAGCCUUGGCGAAUCUCCUCUUGAAGUCUGGACGGAUCUGUGACCGCGACGUAUUGAUAUAUACGGAUUCGGAUUUUGCUUGCUUCGCCAAGCCGCAGUUCGACGCUUACAUUCAAGGGGUGGUUUCUCUAUUGGAAGCGACAAGCGUCGACAUGGUUGUGCAGCCCCAGCCGGAGAAAUUAAUGGAGCGAAAGUGGACGAAGGGUGACGUUUUCCGUCGGUUCGGUACUGAUUGGAGGAGCUAUGAGUUUGGUGGUUCGGCCCAAAUUACGAGUCAGCGUUUUGCUCUGAGAGUCAACAAUCGUACUCGCGAGUUCCUUCAUCAAUGGGAGACGUUGGCAUCUGAUUUCCAGCUAAUCUCAGAUGCAAAAUCGAUAUCACCCGACCCGCCAGGCAGCGUUCAUUACCGACAUGACCAGAGCUUAUUUUCGAUGCUGGUCAAGGCCACGGUGGCGUCAACGUCUCACAUGCGGUUUGGUGUGGCUAAUUUGACAAUUGCAAUGGGCGACGGUUUCGGGCAUGUACAUCCGCAGUGUCAUGACGCUGCCACAGUUGUACGACCAUGGCAACUGGAGUUGCAAAAUCAAAGUAACAACCAAAAGGCCAUGCAAACACGUCCGAAUGCUUAAUCCCCUGAGCCAAGACUACACUGUACUGCCAAUCUGGACGGCAUACAUCUCAACGUCGGCUGCCCAGUUUUGGAUCGUGCGCUGCUUAAUAUUGCCCGCCAUAGAAAUCGCGAGGUUCAACUUCGAGACUGUGUUCCCUCGGACUGCAACGAAGGAGCGCCAUUCGUGCUGGUGAGCAUUGUAUCGGACAAUGCCUUUCCUGCGUGCCGCCAUGUCGGGCGCCCCUAUAUGCUCGCGCCUGUACACUUCCGUUUCCCUCCAGUUCCUCCUUCUUCCUCGUCUUUAGAUUCCUACUCCUUGUUUUUUAUACUCCUCGUGGCCUUUCUUAAUCUUUCACCCUUUUGCUUUCAUUCAUCUCCUCGAGCCGACGGUCGGGCUCCGCUUAGUGGCGGUGCACGCGGGCUCGGUCCCAGAGGCCUCCUAGAGGGUCACCAGACAACCCCACAUGCGUCGCUCACGUUGCAUCCGUCGGUCAUCG